GGUGUUUAAUAAUGUUUUGUAUUUUCAGAUUUUGUUCUUUUUCAGUUAACAUGAGGGAGAGAGAACUUCGGGAUAGUAUCAUUUCAGAAAAUAGAGUUAGAUUCAAUUGAUUGAGUUUGGUUUCUUUUUGUGUGCUUUCAGGAUGGAGACCAAGAAAAGAAAGAGCAGAUGGGACAAAGAACCCUCACAGAAGUCCCCAUCCCCGCCGAAGAAAGGGAAAUUUGAGAGAUAUGCCAGUACUAGCGAUGAAGAGGAUAUUUUCAUUUUCGGCAAGCCACAAAUCAUUCAUAAUGUCCCAUUAGAUGUUGUGGAAAAGAGCCCUCAGGCACCAACACCCGCCAUGGCAAAAGCUAGGAAGGUGGCCGAUGAUAUCAUGAGGAAGAGAAGGCAGGAACAGCUAGGGCUGUUGAAAAAAUCCCCACCCCCUCCUCAGCGACUAAUGAUGGACUCUAGCCCCAAACCCAGCUCAAGCGCGAGGCCCCUCUCUAAGACUCCAGUGAAGAAAUGUAGCCCAAAACCUGCCAGCCCUAUGAAGGGGCCCCUCUCUAAGACACCCGUGAAGAAAUCCAGUCCAAAACCUCCCAGCCCUAUGAAGAAGUCCCCUCCUAAAGUUUCCAAACUCAAGCCGAGCUCCACAGUAACUAAGGGAAAGGCCACCCCUAAAACUUCAAAACAAAAGCUUAGCCCUAAAACUUGCAAGAAUGCCACCCCUGGAAGAAAACCCAUGAAUCUUGACCACGCUUCAACAAAGAAAUCUGCGACUCCCAAACCCAGAUCUACAACCCCCAAGAAAACCACUCCCAAGUCCAGUCCCAAAAGUACCAAAUUAAAGAAAACCCCUGAACCCAGAGCCGUGACGGAAAAGUCCAGUGAACCCUUUAUCUUUGGACGGACGAGUCCCAAAUCUCUGAAGAGCAUGUUUACCAUAAAAGCCAAAUCCAAAACCAAAGAAUCUGUCAUGACACCUCCCCGUAAAGUGAUUCUGGAAGCUGCGGGAAACCCCUCCCCAAUGAGGACCUUUCUUCUUGCAGCCUCCCUACCCAAAGCGGCGACCCAACAGAAAACCUCCCUGCUUAAGUCUAAAGGCAAAGGAAGCAAGAAAACCAAAACGUAUAAAGGAAACAAAUGGGUAGAAGUCGCGAUAGGGCCGGAUUGUGGGUCACCUUCCUUCAAGCCGAAGACAAAAAGGGCCAGGAAGAGCAAGAAGAACAAAAGGGGGAAGAGACUGGCUUCCCCCCGACCAGUACAAUCCCCAGAAGAACUGUCACCGGAGUCUGACAGCACAAUCAUUAUGAAGGGCACCCCGAAACGACCCAUAAAGAUGGAAUUGGUCUUCAGAUAUUAUUCUCGCACAGGAGAGGUCAUCGAGGACUGCCAUUGGGUGACACGGUAUGGACAGUAAAACCCUUAGCAAAGAACUUUACACAGUGAUUUAUGGUGAUUCAUAUUACAACGAGAGCAAUAGACAUAUAUAUUACAAAACAUAGCUGCAUGGGACAGUGAGGAUAAUUAAAAGAGAGAUCAUAUAUAGAGAUAUUUUCAUAGAAUCAUAUAAAAUAAUUUACAUACAGAUACUAUCCACAGAGUUAAGAUAUGAGAAAGCAGUGGAUUCAUAUAUUUUUUAUACGCUGAACUUUGAGUUUUGAUACUUACCUAGUACUCGUUAGAAGAGAUGCAACG